AUGUCUCGUGUUUUCCCAUGUUCUUUCCGAAUCUUUUUGUUCAUCGCGUUGGUUUCUGAUAGUCAGAUUUUGGUUCAUCCCGUCACAUCAUUUAAAGCUAAUUGCGCUGAGCUUUAUAUGGAUGGUAAUACAGCCAGCGGUUUCUAUAAGAUUGAUCCUGAUGGUUUAGGUGCCUUUGAAGUGUACUGUAAUCAGAGCACGGCUGGUGGAGGAUGGACAGUGAUCCAGAGGAGACUGGACGGAUCUGUCGAUUUUAAUCGUACUUGGUGCGACUACAAGCAUGGCUUUGGUAACAAGGAUGGCGAGCAUUGGUUGGGUCUGGACAAGAUAAACCGCCUUACUUGGAGAACAAAGAACAAGCUACGAGUAGAUCUGGAAUUUAGACGAAAUCAGGAAAUUUAUCAUCCUUACGCCGAGUAUGACUUGUUCGCAGUUGAAUCGGAAUUGAAAAAUUAUUCCUUGAUUAUUGGUGGGAUGUUUUCAGGAGAUGUCGACGAUUCUUUUGUUGGCAAUAACCACGCCCAAUUUUCAACAGUAGAUAAAGACGACACUGUACUAAACUGUACUAAAAACUUUGGCGCUUGGUGGUUUUCAAAAGGUUUGGAGCACUGUGGUCACUCGAACCUCAACGGUAAUUACCACCAAACGAGAGGUAUGAGAUGGACUAAGUGGAAUAAACGCCCAAAUACGCUCAUCAUCAAAGCUGAAAUGAAGAUCAAGCCGGAUUGCCCAAGAAAAUAA